CAAGCGCCCGGUUACGCCGACGUACGUCACUGUGUGUGCGGAAGAGCUGCGCCACGUUGGGUCUGGCGCUUAGGGAUUAGCCGGGGCAGCUCGCGGUGUGAGGCGUACAAGAGGGCAGUAGAGAGUGCGAAACAGCAAAAUGUUGCGUCAAGCUGCUCUGAGCCCCCGUAUCGGGAGAUGUUUUCUGUCAUAUGUAAGAACCACAGCACUCCCUCCUCGUAUAAAGUAUGCCCCUUCUUCUGCCCCCACCCGGCACUGGAGCAACAUCCCUUUCAUUACGAUGCCCCUCAUUCGCUCGCAUGGAAAGCCGUUUGCUCACCGCAGCGAGCUGAAGCAUGCCAAGCGCAUCGUUGUGAAGCUUGGGAGUGCCGUGGUCACUCGUGGAGAUGAGUGUGGACUUGCCCUCGGACGGUUGGCAUCUAUUGUAGAGCAGGUUUCAGUGCUACAGAACCAGGGCCGCGAGAUGAUGAUUGUCACCAGCGGAGCUGUGGCUUUUGGAAAACAGCGUCUCAGACAUGAAAUUCUUUUAUCUCAGAGUGUGAGGCAAGCUUUACAUUCUGGCCAGAACCAGCUGAAAGAUAUGCAAGUUCCAGUGUUGGAGGCACGAGCCUGCGCGGCUGCUGGCCAGAGUGGACUUAUGGCUCUGUACGAAGCCAUGUUUACACAGUACAGUAUCUGUGCUGCCCAGAUCUUAGUAACAAACCUGGAUUUCCAUGAUGAGCAGAAGAGAAGAAACUUAAACGGCACCUUGCAUGAGCUCCUGCGCAUGAACAUCGUUCCCAUCAUUAACACCAAUGAUGCCGUUGUUCCACCUCCUGAGCCGAACAGCGAUCUGCAGGGGGUAAAUGUUAUUAGUAUCAAGGACAAUGACAGCCUGGCUGCUCGGUUGGCCGUCGAGAUGAAAGCAGACCUAAUAAUAGUAUUGUCUGAUGUGGAAGGUCUUUUUGACAGUCCCCCUGGGUCAGAUGACGCCAAACUUAUAGACAUUUUCUAUCCUGGGGAUCAACAAUCUGUAACGUUUGGGACUAAAUCCAGAGUUGGAAUGGGAGGCAUGGAGGCAAAGGUGAAAGCUGCUCUGUGGGCUCUUCAAGGAGGAACCUCUGUCGUCAUUGCGAACGGGACUCACCCCAAGAUAUCGGGACAUGUGAUUACAGACAUUGUGGAGGGGAAGAAAGUAGGCACGUUCUUCUCCGAAGUGAAACCUGCCGGUCCCACUGUGGAACAACAGGCUGAAAUGGCCCGAUCUGGUGGCAGGAACCUUGCAGCAUUGCAACCAGAGCAGAGAGCCGAGAUCAUAUUCCGCCUUGCUGAUUUGCUGACGGAUCAUAGAGAUGAGAUUCUUUCUGCUAACAAGAAGGAUAUGGAAGAAGCAGAGGAAAAGGGAAGGUUGGCUUCUCCACUGUUGAAACGUUUAAGCCUGUCGACAGCAAAGUUGAACAGCCUGGCCAUCGGGCUACGGCAGAUCGCUGCCUCUUCGCAGGACAGCGUAGGACGUGUCAUCCGUAGAACGAAAGUUGCCAAAGAUUUGGAGCUGGAGCAGGUGACCGUUCCAAUCGGGGUCCUGCUGGUUAUUUUCGAGUCUCGACCAGAUUGCCUUCCACAGGUUUCAGCUCUGGCUAUUGCAAGUGGGAACGGCCUGCUGCUGAAAGGAGGAAAAGAGGCUACUAAUAGUAACCAGACCCUGUACCGCCUGACUCAGGAAGCCCUGGCCCUUCAUGGCGUUAAGGAUGCAGUGCAGCUUGUAAACACGAGAGAAGAAGUUGAAGAUUUGUGCCGUCUUAAUAAGCUUAUUGACCUUAUCAUUCCACGAGGCUCAUCACAGCUGGUCAGGGACAUCCAGAAAGCAGCCAAAGGCAUUCCGGUGAUGGGACACAGUGAAGGGAUAUGCCACGUGUAUGUGGACAGUGAAGCCAGCGUGGAGAAGGUUACAAGGAUUGUACGAGAUUCGAAGUGUGAAUACCCAGCAGCUUGCAACGCGUUGGAAACUUUGCUGAUCCAUAGAGAUGUGUUGAGGACACCUUUGUUUGAUCAGAUCAUCGAUAUGCUAAGAGUUGAGCAGGUGAAAAUCCACGCGGGUCCCAAGUUUGCCUCUUAUUUGACCUUUAGCCCAUCAGAGGUGAAGUCCUUGCGCACAGAAUAUGGAGACCUGGAGUGUUGCAUUGAAGUGGUGGACAGUGUCCAAGAUGCCAUAGAACAUAUUCACAAGUAUGGAAGCUCUCAUACAGAAGCAAUCAUCACAGAGAAUGAAAAAACGGCAGAAUAUUUUCUUCAGCAUGUUGACAGCGCCUGCGUCUUCUGGAACUCCAGCACCCGCUUCUCAGACGGAUACCGUUUUGGACUUGGAGCCGAGGUUGGAAUCAGCACCUCCAGGAUCCAUGCCCGAGGUCCUGUGGGCCUGGAGGGAUUACUUACCACAAAGUGGUUGUUGCGAGGUGAAAACCACGUGGUCUCUGACUUCUCUGAACAAGGAAGUAUGAAAUAUCUCCACGAAAAUAUCCCCGUUCCCCAGAGACACAUCAGCUAAGACAAUUGGCUGUAUUUUACUGAUCGAUCUAAAAAUGUACCUCUUAUAGAACGCGAGUGGCAGGAAUUGGCAGAUUAUAUUUCUGGAAUGUGGGCAGACAUCUGCUGAUUUCUUUCCGGAAUUAAAGGGAGGGAGAAAAAAAAAAUAAGGUUACUGUACGUCUUAGAAUCAUGAUAUUAGUAAAAUGAAUCUGGACACUUUUUGUAGAGGACUCACUAAAUGUGCAGUAGUACCCAGGGAAUUUUUACUUGAUGAUCCAUGGAGUAAUUCUUUCUGUGGAACCUGGAUAUGUAUUUUGUUUUU